AUGGCAGCAACCACAAAGAGCAUUGUGGAUGGCGCAUUUCUCGCACUCGAGACGAUAGCCGCCAAAUCCGAACGCGAGUUUGACGCGGCCGUUGAAGAGAACAACACCUGGCUCGAUGAGCUCGUCGAGGAGAUGCGCAAGACCGCCUUCCUUGCAUCGAACGUCCUCUUGCCGAAAACCCCAUCACUCACCGUCAAGCGCAACAACCGACGACGCAACCGCGCUGUGAAUGUCGCACAUUUGCCUGCCGAGGUUGGCAAAACUGAGGAGGCAGCGGCAGCAGCGCCAAUGACGACACGCACCACACGGUCUCGUGCUACACAAUCCAUCCCACUGCAACAAAGGUCGGACAACAUUGACUCCCAGAGCGCAACUACUGUCAAGCCUGAGGUGGCAGUGGAGGUCGCAGCAACGACUCCUGCUCCGCUGACCACUGCUCAAGAACCCGCUGUGACAGCCAUUGCCAAACGACGACGCGUGUCAGACGAGACGGAAGAUGUGCCGUCGAGCAAUUCGACAAGCAGCUCUGCUGCUGCACCCAUUCUGGCCGCUGCUGUGGUCGAGACGGCGGCGCAAGUCGCUGCAGCACCUGUACUUGCACCUACACAUGCACCGGCACCUGCAACUAUUCAACGACCGCAGCGUGCCACGCGUCGUGGCACCACGGCUCCCGCACCACAAGCGGAAGACGCUGCCGCACCCAGCUCGACCUCUUCGUCGGCGCUUCCACCAGCAGAGAUCGUCCCAGCCGUUGCAGCGUCUGCAGCAAGCACUCCCGAAAAGCCAUCCACCAAAGUUCGAGCAGCUGCCGCUCAGAUUGACGCUGCAGUGGUUGAUGCACCCGCAACGUCCGCACGCCCAACUCGAGGCGCCGCCAAGAACGCCCUCAAGGCGCUGCAAGCCACGGCCGAUGCUGAAAGCAAGGCAACCGCCAGCAAGGCUAAAAAGGACGAGACUCCAGUCACCGCCACCGUUAUUGCCCCUGCUGCCGAAGCACCGCUCGUUCCUUCUGUUCAAACUGCGGAGCCAGCAACCAUUCCUACUACUACUACUACUACUACUGCCAUUGCUUCCGCAGACGAUGCCGCAGCAGAGGAGCGUGUCGCUUUGGCUGAUAGUGUUGCAACUGCCACUGUAGCGGCGGCUGCUGCUACCAAACCAGCUGCCGCUGGUCGCAAGAAGAAGCUCGGCGCAGUCGCGUCCAAAGUCUUUGGCAGCCCACAGUCGGAAGCCCCUGGCAUGCUCCUUCCUGCAGCCGUGUCCAAGCUUGCUAAAAUUGAGACGCUUGUCAGCCCUGUUGUUCGUCGUACUGGCGCUCCUGCCGAAAGCGCGAACGCUAUCGAAGCUGUUUCAGCAGAAGCUCCCUCCGAGCCACAACCGGCUGAAGAGCCGACCAAGGAUAAGAAGGCAGCUCGAAAGCGCAAGCAAGACAUCCCCCAACAGUCUGAAUCAGCAACGUCGAGCCGACGCGUUUCGAUGGAAGAUGCUCCUGCGGCGAAAUCCGAGUCUGUUUGUAUUUCUGCGCCUAGCGUUAAGGAUGCAGCGGUCGAUGCAGCUGAGGCAGCAGAUGUCUCUACCGAGGUGGGGUACAAUGAUGUCCUUCAGGACAGCAAGCGCUCGCGGCAUUCCUUGUCUGAUGUCGAGCAGGAUGUGGCUUCAAGCAACGCUGCACCCAAGGCACCAGCGACUCCGGUUGCCGCUAGCAAGGCAGCGUCCACCAGCGAGUUUGCCGCGUUCGACGCCAUUUCGACAGCCAGCGCUGGCUCUGUUAACGCCCAGUGGAGCGACGCCAAAAAGCACGUCAUGGGAUUGGCAAGUCUCCGCAAGAAGCGCAUGCCAACGCGCGUCCCCGCAAGCGCCGUGCAAGCCAUCCCGCGGCCAGAGGUCGGUGAUACCAUGGCUGCUCCCUCUGACGCAGUGCCCGAGAUUGUCGGCGAGCAAGAGCACGAGGUUGUUCGCACGACGCGAAAGUCAAGUGCGAACGCGCGCAAGUCAACUGCUGCUGCUCGCAAAUCAAACGCGGCCGCGCGCAAGUCGAGUGCUCAACGCGCCAGCAAGCACGCUCAUGAUGAUGGUGCCGACGCUGACGACGAAAGCAAUGACAGCGCGGACGAUGAGGUCGAGGCACGGACCAGCCCCAUUGUGUUGGCUUCUCCAUCUGUGGAUGAGACGAGCCGACAAAUUGAAGCAAACAUCGAAUCCGCAGCGCCUACCGUGGAGGAGCCAGCUACAAGCUUGGACGGCGGCGACAGCAGCGCUUUUGACGUGCCUGUUGCGGCAACCGGAUCCAACCUGGCUGCCCCUGGCGAGCGUCCGUUUAGCAACCUGUCUGCAGGCAAUCGUCUUGGCGGGCCAAUCUCGUUCGCUGCCGUGCUGGAACAGCGCAAGGCGGAGGCGGCGGCCAAGGCUGCGGCCAACCGUGUUGCUCCGCACAUCAGGGCACUCAAAAUCGCCCAAGCCGCCAAGGAAGCCGACGAGCGUCGCAAGGAGGAGCGUCGCUUGCGCGAUGAGAGCCUGACCAAGAAGCGACUGGCCGAAAAGGAACUAAAGGAUCAAGAGGCUGCCGCCAAAAAGCAGCGCGAAGAGGACGUGCGCAAGAAGCGCGAGGAGACACGCAAGAUGGCCCCACCAACCUCAAGCGUUCUUGGCCAACGUGCUACUGCAGCGCCAGCGCCAGUGUCGUCGUCGUCGUCGUCGUCGUCGUCCGCUAUGCUGGUUGCUCCGGCAUCACCUGCUGCUCUCGCGCUCGACACGACGGCCACGGCUUUGGCAGCCACCUCACCCCUUGCAUUUAGCACUGUGGCAGACACGACUGGCCCACUAGACUUUGCCAUGGCCAAGUCCACCGAUUCCUCAGUCACCACCAGCCCUACCGGCUCGGCGGACACAACCUUGGUCGGCUCGUCCAAGACAUCCCCUGUCGAAGGCGCUGCGGCUCGUGUUGCAACUCUCCCGACAGCAACCGGCGCUGCCGCUCAAGUCGAUCGCAAGAAGAACCUCGCCGAACGAGAGCAGCUCUUGCUCAAGAAGCUCGCAGACCGCGAGGCCAAGCAUGCCACCUCAGCCACUACUGGCGGCGCAACCGGCUCCAGCCUGGUGACUCCAGCACAGACAGUCAUGCAAACACCCGUUGCAAACACUGCCACUCUCACCCGCCCGCUUGUGCCCCAUGUCACGGCUGCUGCGGCGCCCACCACCAACUCGUCUGGUCCGAUCAGCUCAUCCGCAGUCCUCAAGUCACUCAAGUCAAGCAAUGGUGCAGCGCCUUCGCAUGCUGGAUACUCAUCCUUGCUCAAAAAGCCCUCGCCCGUCGCUACGAGCUCGAUGUUGCCUUCAAUGGCCCCAGCAACGGCGAUGACUAGUGGCGCUCCUUUGAUGGCAGCAGCACCGACUGCACCUGUCCUGUCGUCGUCGUCGUCGUCGUCGUCGUCGUCGUCGUCGUCGUCUGGCGCUCCUUUGAUGGCAGCAGCACCGACUGCACCUGUCCUGUCGUCGUCGUCGUCGUCGUCGUCGUCGUCGUCGUCGUCGUCGUCGUCGUUGUUGCCCGUCACAUCAUCGUCCUCUACACCUGCACCGGAAGCUGCUGUCCAAUCGGCGCCUGUCGUCCAGCCGACCGUCACUCCCAUUUCCGCCAUUGCCAACUCGUCGGCAGCCGCAGCCGCCGCAGUCGCAGCAACGUCCUCAUCCAUGAGCUCGCCGCGAUCGUACGACAGCUAUGAUCUGACGGAUGGUCACACAGACACGUCGGAUGAGGAGGCAGAACUGGCAAACCCCCGUCCAGUCAAGCGAAUUCCGAUGUGGGCCCAAAAUCCCCAGCUCAAGACUGCCAUUUACAUGCAGGCCGUCCAAAACCGCAAUGUGGACGAGAUUUUCCCCGUGUUUGAGCAUCCAAACCUCGCGCUCAUCUUCACCCGCCCUGUCGAGGCCGCACCACGGAAGGAGCGCAAGCUGUCGGAUGUCUGGGUCUUGAGCCCGACCUCGUCUCCCCGCUACCGCAAGUAGACUAGGCCGCAGAUCCGACGAGUCUCUUGAUAUUGCACGAGUUU